GUGAUUCUGCCCGACAGCUCUGAUCCCACCAUUCGCCCCUUCCGUGAUUCACAUCCGCCCUGUCCUCUUCUACCUUAUAAUCCCGCUUCCCAUCUUUCCCGCCUUUCCCACUUCUCUUUGCUUCUCUUUCUUCCUUCGCCCACCUGUUCCGUCUACCCCAGACAACCGCGCAUCCUUCCAAUUUUCAUCAACCAACCAUCAACAACAACCUCUCUCUACCACUUUACAUCCUUCAAACCCUUCUAUCAACAUGACUGGACGCGGUAAAGGCGGAAAAGGCCUCGGAAAGGGUGGUGCCAAACGCCACCGAAAGAUUCUUCGCGACAAUAUCCAGGGCAUCACCAAGCCUGCCAUCCGUCGUUUGGCUCGUCGUGGCGGUGUCAAGCGUAUCUCUGCCAUGAUCUACGAAGAGACUCGCGGUGUCCUCAAAUCCUUCCUCGAAUCAGUCAUCCGUGAUGCUGUCACCUACACUGAACACGCAAAGAGAAAGACCGUCACAUCUCUUGACGUCGUCUAUGCCCUCAAGCGUCAAGGCCGCACCCUCUACGGUUUUGGUGGCUAAAUGCACUACCAUUUUUGGCAACUCUAUUAGAUUACUACAAUGGUCACGGGUUAUGGUGCUUCAUGGUUGAUGACUGGCGCAAUGGGUUUCGUACUUGCAGCUUGACUGCACCUGGGAUUUGAUGGAUUUUUCAAGUUCUGCUUUUGACCAAAAGGCUGUAUCUUGAAUGGGAGAUCUGUAACCUCCCUAUUACAGAGCUUGCAGCAUCAGCUAAGCUAGGUAGUCAAAUGCAUCAUCAAUUUCAGAGAAUGUAAAA